GGACAGCAGAGUAGCUAUGGUCAAAAAAGCAGCUACGGGCAUCAGCCGCCCACUAGUUAUCCCCCCUAAACUGGAUCCUACAGCCAGGCUCCAAGUCAAUAUAGCCAACAGAGCAGCAGCUACGGGCAGCAGAGUUCAUUCCAACAGGACCACCCCAGUAGCAUGGGUGUUUAUGGGCAGGACUCUGGAGGAUUUUCCAGACCAGGAGAGAACCGGGCAUGAGUGGUCCUGAUAACGGGGGCAGGGGAAGUGGGGGAUUUGGUAGCGGAGGCAUGAGCAGAGGUGGGCAGGGAGGAGGACAUGGUGGAAUGGGUGCUGGAGAGCGAGGUGUCUUCAAUAAGCCUGGUGGACCCACGGACGAAGGACCAGAUCUUGAUCUAGGCCUACGUGUAGAUCGAGAUGAAGACUCUGACAACAGUGCAGUUCAUGUGCAAGGCUGAAAUGACAGUGGGACUCUAGAUGAUCUGGCCGACUUCUUGAAGCAGUGUGGAGUUGUUAAGAUGAACAAGAGAACCGGACAACCCAUGAUCCAUAUCUACUUGGACAAGGAAACAGGAAAGCCCAAAGGUGAUGCUACAGUGUCCUAUGAAGACCAACCAACUGCCAAGGCUGCCGUGGAGUGGUUUGAUGGGAAAGAUUUCCAAGGGAGCAAGCUUAAGGUGUCUUUUGCUCAGAAGAAGCCUCCGAUGAACAGCAUGCGGGGUGCUAUGCCUCCCCGUGAGGGCAGAAGGAUGCUGCCGCCGCUCCGUGGAGGUCCCAGGGGCCCAGGAUGUCCUGGGGGCCCCAUGGGUCACAUGGGAGGCUGUGGAGGAGACAGAGGUGGCUUUCGCCCAAGAGGGCCCCGGGGUUCUCGAGGGAACCCAUCCGGAGGAGGAAACUUCCUGCACCGAGCUGGAGACUGGCAGUGCCCCAAUCCGGGAUGUGGAAACCAGAACUUCGCCUGGAGAACAGAAUGCAACUGGUGCAAGGCCCCGAAGCCUGAAGGCUUCCUUCCACCACCCUUUCCACCCCUGGGUGGUGACCGUGGCAGAGGCGGCCCUGGUGGCAUGCGGGGCGGAAGAGGCGGCCUCAUGGACCGCGGUGGUCCUGGUGGCGUGUUCAGAGGUGGAAGUGGUGGAGACAGAGGGGGCUUCCAUGAUG